AUGGAUGUAGAUAAGAAAGGUGACAAAAAAGCUGAAGUCGAGAAAAUGGAUGAAGACCUAGAGGCCAAUGGAUGCAAAGAUGAAAAAUUGAAAGAAGAAACAAAGGAAUCCAAAGUUGAGGAAAAGAAAGAAGAAAAUGGUCCAAAUGAAGUUAAGAUAGGUGAUGAGAAUGCUGAAGUUGAAAAAAUGGAUGAAGACCUAGAGGCUGAUGGAAGCAGAGAUGAAAAAUUGAAAGAAGAAAAAGAGGAACUUAAAGUUGAGGAAAUGGAAGAAGAAACUGGUCCGAAUGAUAAAAAGAGACCGAAGGAAGGACUGAAGAAAAGAGGGAAUUUGAAGUGGAGGAGGACAAGGUAA